CCUUUGCGGGUAAACAGACAUGGCCGGCGAGGGAGAUCACCAGGACGCUGCGCACAACAUGGGAAACCACCUGCCGCUUCUGCCUGCAGACAGUGAAGAUGAAGAUGAUGAAAUUGAAAUGGAAGUUGAAGACCAAGAUAGUAAAGAAGCCAGAAAACCGAAUAUCAUAAACUUUGACACCAGUCUGCCAACCUCACAUACAUACCUGGGAGCUGAUAUGGAGGAGUUCCACGGGAGGACUUUGCAUGACGACGACAGCUGCCAGGUGAUCCCAGUCCUUCCUGAGGUGAUGAUGAUCCUGAUUCCUGGGCAGACACUCCCACUGCAGCUCUCUCACCCACAAGAAGUCAGCAUGGUGCGGAACUUAAUCCAGAAAGACAGGACCUUUGCAGUCCUUGCAUACAGUAAUGUACAAGAAAGGGAAGCACAGUUUGGAACAACAGCGGAGAUCUAUGCGUAUCGAGAAGAGCAGGAGUUUGGAAUUGAAGUAGUGAAAGUGAAAGCAAUCGGAAGGCAGCGGUUCAAGGUCCUCGAACUUCGAACACAGUCAGAUGGAAUCCAGCAAGCUAAAGUGCAAAUUUUGCCAGAGUGUGUGUUGCCGUCAACCAUGUCUGCAGUUCAGUUAGAAUCACUCAAUAAGUGCCAGAUAUUUCCUUCAAAACCCAUCUCUUGGGAAGACCAGUAUUCAUGUAAAUGGUGGCAGAAAUACCAGAAGAGAAAGUUUCACUGUGCAAAUCUAACAUCGUGGCCUCGCUGGCUGUAUUCAUUAUAUGACGCUGAAACAUUAAUGGAUAGAAUUAAGAAACAGCUACGUGAAUGGGAUGAAAAUCUCAAAGAUGAUUCUCUUCCUGCAAAUCCAAUAGACUUUUCUUACAGAGUAGCUGCUUGUCUUCCUAUUGAUGAUGUAUUGAGAAUUCAGCUCCUUAAAAUUGGCAGUGCUAUUCAACGGCUUCGCUGUGAAUUAGACAUCAUGAACAAAUGUACUUCCCUUUGCUGUAAACAAUGUCAAGAAACAGAAAUAACAACAAAGAAUGAAAUAUUUAGUUUAUCCUUAUGUGGUCCAAUGGCAGCAUAUGUGAAUCCUCAUGGAUAUGUACAUGAGACACUGACUGUGUAUAAAGCAUCCAAUCUGAAUCUGAUAGGCCGGCCUUCUACAGUGCACAGCUGGUUUCCCGGGUAUGCAUGGACCAUUGCCCAGUGCAAGAUCUGUGCAAGCCAUAUUGGAUGGAAAUUUACAGCCACAAAAAAAGAUAUGUCACCUCAAAAAUUUUGGGGUUUAACUCGCUCUGCUCUGUUACCCACAAUUCCAGAGACUGAAGAUGAAAUAAGUCCAGACAAAGUAAUACUUUGUUUAUAAGUGCACCUGUAGGAGUGACUUCCUGACAGAUCUGCUCAGACAUCACUGCCUCUGGUUUAUGUGUAUAGUGGGUUACAGCAUUUGCCUACCAAGUUCAAGAGCAUAUUUAGGGAAUGAGAAAGCAGUAUAAAACAUAAGGUUGGAUUCAGAAGGACUUGCUUUUUAGUAGCUUGGUGCCAUUGAUUAUCCUGUUGAGUCUAUGUCAUGACAGGAUAGGAAAACACAGUUGAAAUAAUGGGAAUGGGUAUGGAACAGGAUAGGGGCACCACUGCUCUAAAUGAUGACUGCUCCAGAAACUGGGUUGGUAAGCAUAAGAUAGAGGCAAGGCAGUGCAAUUGUCUUUAGCUUGUCUGAGAGACUCGUCUGUACAGUUUGGACAUAUUAAAGAGUAAACUAAGCAGUCUGAGCAGGAAUAGCAGCAUUUGCACCAUGUAUUUGAUGAGCCUGUGAUGUGCUAGAUCCCUGUAACUAAUGUCUAUGUCCAUUUUGCAUUGUAUUUGCAAAUAUAAGUGAACAGUAUAUAUUUCUAGGAUUAUACCGUUUAGGAAACAGAUUUACAUAAACCUGGCCAACACUAAUACCUAUAUCCAAAUCUAUUCUAUUUGGCUGAAUUAUGUCAAAGUAAUCAAGUCGAAUACUUAAAAGUGUAAGUACGUAAUAAAAUGUAACUAAAGAAUAGGCUGCUCCUUAAUGUCAUUUUUUAAAAAGUUCUACUUGUGUUUCAUUCAAGCUGCUGUGAUGAAGUGGGGAAGUAUGUCUUUACUGCUGCAGUAUAAUCUGAUGAUCCAUAUACUGUUUACCAUUACUUUCAGAUAGGACUGUUUAAAGGAAUCUUACACAACAUAGCAGCUUUGAUGUCACUCCAUCUGUGCAGAUGACAACAGCAGAAACUCCAUAGUUUAAAAUCCAGGUAUUUACUGACCUGGGUGAAGUAGAUUUUGACACGCCCUUUUAUAGAACAUCCCCCUAUUUGACUUCAAGAAAAUUCAAAAUCCAAAAGCUGCUGUUUACUUGUACAGUACACAGAGAUAACUAUCAGAAAUCUAAGCCAUAUCCAUCUAAUUAGUAAAAUAAUGUGUUCACUAUCUGUGGCACCUGAUAUAAAGGCAAGAGUCUCAACAGAAGCCCUCCUGUUAUUCCUUCAACUUUCUGAAAUCAGAACAAUCCUGUUAUAAAUAGAUGCUAUUGUGGACUCAUUCAGGAAACCACUAAGAAAACAUAAACUAAGUUAUUUCAGCAUAGCUUCUCAUCAACAGCCAGUUUAAAUAAGUAACAGCAUUGACUUUUCUCACCUGGCACUGCUCCAAAAGAGUUGGGAAAUUCAGGAGGGAGACUUGAGCUUAGUUUUUCUACCUACACUCAUGCUGUUUUUUAGGGUUUCAGUAAGACACAGGAGGAGAGAAAACCAGUCUUACCAAGACUUCCACUGUUUGAUGCAGAGCUCAUAAUUUAGGUCUUCUUUAUGUAACUUAGUAGUUCAUCUUUUUCCAUUUGGUAACCACUUUUCUUCCACUGUUCACGCAACUGCUGUAGCAGGGCCCCAAUUUCCUUCCCUGAAGAAAUACCCACUUUCCUGAUGUCAUGUCCACUCACAGGGAACGGCGGGACAGACCACUGCUGCAUCUCUUUGAGAAGACCAUGCUCUCCUUGGUACUUCAGCAGCUCACAAACACGGGCAGUUGCAUCUGGUUCCCUAGACUAAAUGACACAGUUUUAUCACAUACUAAACAUUCACAAUUUCAUUCUACUAUUUAAAUACAUCAAAUCUACAAUGUGAAAAAGUUACUUUUCUCUAGUUAGUGAGAACUAUUUUCUGCUCAAACCUAAUACGUACUUACGUCUAUAACAAAGUCUUGGUAUGGUUUCAAUGGUUCUGAACUAUCUGUUGCUUUAACCAAGUCUUUCCUGUUUUUAACUAUAAAUAAACCCAGGUUUUUCUCCUCUUUUGAAAUUUUCAAUCUCAAGUCCAAUUUUGUGACAUCAUCUUGUACUUUGAAUAAAGAAGCCAAAAGAGUCAUUGGUUUUGGUGAAAAGCCUUCAACAUUUUUACUGACUUUGUUAAAUUCUUCUAAAUUUGCAUUAGCAGGUAAACCUGUAAACAAAAGAGAAAAGUCAUUUUUUCUUAACUACAAAACCCUCACUCAUCUCUUAAACUAUGCAGAUUUUUAAGAAUGUGUAGUGCUCUUUCUCCACUGCUUAUUAUCAGCCCAUUUGUCACUCCCUUAACUCCUAGAGGAAAACUAUCAUGUCCUUGUUUCCUGUAGCAACAUGUCUUGUGAAGCUCAGGAGCUGUGAUCAUAUCAGGUACCAACAUAUGCCUUGUCAGUCUUCCUGUCUGCACACAUUCCCUACUCAGCAAUUGUAUGUUCUUGUAAAACAAAGUUACUGUCUAAAAUAUACUGGCUAUAGUUAUUAAUUUCCUUUCUAUAUAUUAAGUGUUUUGUGAAAGAGCUUAUUAUACAUUAACUUAUUGCUUCCUCCUCCUCUCUAUGAAGUAGCUUUUAUUUUGAACCCUUUGUGAUUAUAAACCAACCCAACCUGCAAAACCAGUAAGCUUCAUCAAAUUCAGGUGUUCUCUCUGAACUAUUCUUUACCAAUAAAUAAACUAUUUCCAUCUUUAA